UGAACUCUUCACUGCUCUUGUCGAUUGAGCCUCUCCACCUCGACCGAUGGUUUAGAUGCAGUUUUCGGCUCAGACAACGUAGAAUCCUGCGUUACGUCCGUGUCAUCUCUCGAUCGCUGCGGCAACCACCACCGUAACUCAUUCUCGUAAGCUGUUAGCCGCCAAUUGAAUGCAUAUAGUGGUUGGGCACCCUGAGAGCUGCAGAAGCUGCCGAGUUCGACAGUCACCUUAUUGUAGUUGAAACGAAGCAGUAACUUCCAUCUGGAGUCCAUAUUGAGAGGGCGUUCGAGACACAGAAAGCCAUGGAGGAUCAACAAGACAACUUGCAGGAACCACUGCUGCAGUCGUCAGUCGUAAUACCCCACCACGAGGGACACACUUUCACUUUCGCCAACGGCGUCACCAGAUCAGUCAGCAGACGCGAUGAGGUCAUCGCUCUCACGCCUGAUUGGAUCUGGGGAGAGGUCCAGAAGCAAGUGUACAUCGCCGCUCCUAUGGUCUGCGUCUCACUGCUGCAAUACUUGCUUACUGUGGUCUCAGUCAUGUUCGUUGGUCAUCUGGGAGAGCUGCAGUUGGCGAGUGCAUCCAUUGCGAGCUCAUUUUCCAAUGUAACGGGAACCACUUUGCUGAUUGGAAUGGCCUCCGCACUCGAGACACUUUGCGGCCAAGCGUACGGAGCAAAACAGUACCAUAUGCUGGGCAUUCACAUGCAACGUGCGAUUUUCGUUCUGUACCUGGUCAGCGUACCGAUCGCAGUCGUUUGGUGGAACAUGGACACUAUCCUCAUACAUUUAGGUCAAGACCCUGAGAUCUCCGCACUAGCAGGAGUGUACGCCAGAUACUUGGUGCCCACUUUGUUCGGUGCCGCUACACUACAACCCAUGGUGAAAUUUCUGCAAACUCAGAGUAUUGUGCUGCCAAUGGCACUGUUCUCUGCUGCUGCAGUACUUAUUCAGAUUCCCCUCUGCUGGGUUAUGAUAUUCAAGCUUGAGUUCGGAUAUCGCAGUGCCGCGAUCGCGACAAGCCUAGCAACUUGGAUGAAUGCAAUCUUCAUGGCUCUUUACAUCAAAUUCUCCCCAAGAUGCAGGAAGUCAUGGACAUCACUGUCCACCGAUGCCUUCCAUGAACUCGGAGCCUUCACCAAACUCGCCAUCCCCUCUGCAAUCAUGAUCUGUCUCGAGUACUGGUCUUUCGAAGGCCUUGUGCUCCUCUCUGGGUUGCUGCCAAACCCCAAGCUGGAAACUUCCACUCUCUCAAUCUGCCUAACGAGUACAGCUUUGCUAUACAUGAUCCCCUUCGGCAUUGGUGCGGCCGUGAGUACUCGUGUGGGCAACGAGCUCGGCGCCGGACGACCUCAGGCUGCUAAAGGCGCGGUUCUAAUCGCAGUCGGCAUGGGUCUCACCGAAGGUCUUCUGAUGGCAACAAUCAUGUACUUUGCGCGGUACAUUUGGGGCACAGCGUUCACAUUCGAAGAGGAAGUCAUUCAGUACGUGGCACGGUGCAUCCCAUUGCUUGCCUUCAUGCACAUCAUGGAUUCUCUGCAGGGGGUUCUAUCAGGAGUAGCGCGUGGUUGCGGUUGGCAGGCGUUCGGUGCCGCCGCUAACUUGUGCGCUUUCUACGUCGUCGGUCUACCAUCUGCAAUCGUUCUCGCAUUUGUAUUCGACCUUAAAGGUCGGGGUCUGUGGAUAGGAAUGGUUGGAGGUAUCGUCACCCAGGCGAUUGCUCUUUCUAUCCUGACCCUAAGGACGAACUGGCAAAAACAAGCCGAAGACGCGUUGCUUCGGGUAUAUGAUUCUGCUACCGCAACUCUCCCCGUUGAAUCUAACCACGAGAAGAACGGCGACGUCCCGGCACUGGAACCCUUCAAGGAUAACGAUCACGAUGAUCGUAAACAAUAGGAUCUAAUCCUGGAACUGCGACGAUUUGGCAGGUGAUGAUAGAUAGGGAUCUACACACACUAUAGAGACACACAUCCAAGAUCAGUAUUGAGUUAUGCAUUGGUCCUCGCGCCUCUCAAGAGUAGACAUUAGAUCAGUAGCUUUCUUUAUGGAUUGAUAUCAACUGAAGCGUUGUAAUUUGUUCUUAGUCACAUGACGGUGGGGCAAACCCAAUCAACAUGUAUCGAAGAUGCAUCUGGAUAUUCAAUACAAAUAUAUAAUAUUUUUUUGAAACGCAA